ACCAGAUGGAGACCGUGGUCUCCGCCAUUGUCAAUAAGGCAGAGGAAAUGAAAAAGAAAGAACCGUCCCGGGCUCCCUUGCCUUCUGGCUCCUGGGAAGGUCCCUUGCGUAACCAGACCAUGACCCUGCAAGUUGGCGAGUUCCAAGGACAGAGGAUCUCCGUCUGGGAACUCCUCUUCUCCCAAAGCAUUCCAGAAGGCCAAAGAGAGGAGCUGCUGAUGAAAUACCGAUUGGGAUCCUUGACCAUUCAGGAAAUGAUCACCAUCCUGACCUCACUUCACGCCAAGGACAGGCCUUCUUCCCCAGGAGAGGAAACCACUCUUCCCUCCCAGCACAAUGAACUGGAACGCACCUUGCGACAGGUGACCAUAGACGUGCCUGUGGGUGAGUUUCAAGGCUCCAGGCGAUCCGCGUGGGAGCUCCUCUUCUCCAAGUACGUGACUGCGGCCAAGCGCCAGGAGCUGCUGCAGAAGUACCAAGAGAGGUCUGUGGCCCCAGGCGAGCUGGUCCAGAUUCUCACCACCCUGAUUGAAGAGAUGGAAGAGAAGGGCAACCAGCUGAAGUUCUCGGGGCUCAGGAAGCAGGUGUCGGCCUCAGAACUGUUCAACUCCCACAUCAUCAACCAGGCCACACUCUCCGAGCUCGCGCAAGGCGCCAAGACGGUGGAGGAGGUCACGGAAAUGGAUUCGGUGAAGAGGUACCUGGAAGGCAACAGCUGCAUCGCUGGCAUGCUGGUGCCCUCCAGGACAGACCCUUCCAAGUCAGAGAAGAUGACCAUCUACCAGGCCAUGUGGAAAGGCAUUCUGAGGCCAGGCACGGCCCUGGUGUUGCUGGAGGCACAGGCUGCCACGGGCUUCAUCACCGACCCCCUGGGCAAUAAGAAACUGUCCGUCGAUGACGCCGUCUCCGUUGAACUGGUGGGGGCCGAGCUGCGGGAGAAGCUUCUCUCUGCAGAGAGGGCUGUGACUGGCUAUAAGGACCCCUACACGGGGAACAAGCUCUCCCUCUUCCAGGCCAUGAAGAAAGGUCUCAUAGUCAAAGAGCAUGGGAUCCGCCUGCUGGAAGCCCAGAUUGCCACGGGGGGCAUCAUCGAUCCU